AUGCCGUAUUUUCACAUCUUCAUCAUUGCAGAAUUUGACACAAGUCGGAACCUGCGACAAAUGGACCAGAUGCUUGGACGAUAUCGUGAAUAUAGUGACAGACAGGCGGGUGCAAUAGAACACUUAAAAGAAAGCUUGGAACAGUCAAUAGAUCAUCUGCGGAGUCAACGUUUACUGAGAAACUCAGGGGGGAGGAGUGUUUCUGCUACAAGUCUGACUGCAAGUGACCUCGAUGGUGGCACCGUGACAGAGAGCCAUCGUUUUCCACCUACCUCACCUCUGAAGGACUAUGGGGAUCCACAGGGUAUUAAACGAAUUAGAUCCAGAAUUGGUGUCCGGUUUGUUCCAGAGACUGAUGAUGUAGUCCAGCUUCAUGCUUUUCAUCAGUCCCUCCGAGACCUCAGCAGUGAACAAGUUCGCCUUGGUGAUGAUUUCAAUAAGGAACUUUCCAGAAGAAGCCGUUCAGGUGGAACAGAGCAUACAGAGCAAGUUUCUCCCAGGUCAUCUCCGGGACCAGUUUGUAAAAAUGCUAGUGUGGGACGGCAUGACUGCCGACCACAAGCUUUCCUGUGCCGGGCUCAAAGAUGGUUCUAUGGAAAAGAAGAUGCUGAUGGCACAAAAGGGGAAGUAAAACCUCUCAUCGCUGCCGGAUUGGCGGCCAACCUGUUAGGCCAAGAUGUUCUAGGCCAAGCAGACGCUUUCAUUACCACUAACCAUAAGGCCCUUUAUGAAGAUAUCCUAGAUGAGGAGGAGUAUCAGCAACAUUUUAAUCUCCCCUGUUUUCCAAACUAUAGGGGGGACCCUACUUUUCGGGACCUAAGAAACCAUCUGCCUCUCCCCAGGGCACUGAAGAAACAAGAAGCUAAAGCAGAUGAGAAUGAGGGAGUAAUAAAAGAUAAGCUAAAACAAACUGAAACUGAGAAGAAUCAACUUGAACAGGAAUUGGAACUAUCUCGAAGGUUACUGAAUCAAUCAGAGGGCAGCAGAGAAACACUUUUGCAUCAGGUAAGUCUACGUAAACAACAUGUUAGGUAGGAAGGUGAUCGAAAAGGUUUACAGCAUCAAGUAUCUCAGAUUUCCAAGCAACAGUCAAACCACCAGGAUAAGCAAGGAGAUGACUGGAGGUUUAGGAGAGGGGUUGAGCGGGAAAACCAGGAUCUGGAGCAGCAGAUGUCAGAUUUGAGAGUGCAGCUGAACUUCAGCGCAAUGGCAUCUGAAUUAGAGGAAGUGAAGCGGUGCAUGGAGCGAAAAGACAAGGAGAAAGCACAUUUGGCAGUACAAAUAGAGAAUUUAACACGUGAAUUGGAGAACAGGGAAAAACAGCAACUUCAGAUGUUGGAUCAACUUAAGGAGAUCCAGAGUCACUUUGACACAUGUGAGGCAGAGCGAAGGCGUGCUGACCUCCAGAUCUCAGAGCUGACUCACCAUGCGGAAGAUGCCACCAAGCAGGCCGAGCACUACCUCAAUGAGUUCCAGCAGUCAGAGGCCCUGAGAGAGGAGGCAGAGAAGAGGAGAGAAGACUUGAAACUGAAAGCUCAAGAAUCUAUUAGGCAGUGGAAGCUUAAGCACAAGAAAUUAGAGCGAACAUUGGAAAAACAGUCAGAAACUCUUGAUGAGCUAACAGACAAGAAUAAUCAGAUUCUAAAAGAAAAGGAUGAAUUGAAAAGUCAACUUUAUGCAGCAUUACAACAAAUAGAGAGUCUUAGAAAGGAAUUGAAUGAUGUCCUAACCAAACGUGCUCUUCAAGAGGAGGAGCUUCACCGUAAGGAGGAAAAGCUAAGUGAUAUUAAGUCUCAUCAAGCUGACCUCGAACUAGAAGUCAGAAAUUCUCUGGACACCAUUCAUAGGCUAGAAAGUGAAUUGAAAAAUCAGAGUAAGAUUCAAGACCAGCUGAAAGUUGAGAAAGCUCACCUGGAGGAGGAAAUUGCAGAGCUAAAGAAGAGCCAGGCCCAGGACAAAGCUAAACUUCUUGAGAUGCAAGAGUCCAUCAAGGACCUGAGCGCCAUCCGAGCAGAUCUCGCUAAUAAAUUGGCAGAGGAAGAGAGAGCUAAGAAAGCGGUGCUUAAGGACCUUUCUGAACUCACAGCACAGGUGAAAUCUAGGGAUGAAGAAGAAGCUACGGCCAUCACACAGUUAAAACUAGAACGAGAUGUUCACCAGAGGGAGCUGAAAGAUCUCACGUCAUCAUUGCAGAGUGUGAAAAUGAAACACGAGCAAAAUAUCCAGGAGCUGAUGAAGCACUUUAAGAAAGAAAAGAGUGAGGCUGAGGACCAUAUUAGGACACUGAAGGCUGAAAGCCUAGAAGAUAAGAAUAUGGCUAAAGCCCAUCGUUGUCAGCUAGAGAAUUUGAAAUUACAGUGUGACAGGCUGACUGAAGAAUUAACCCAGAAUGAAAGUGAGAACAAAAAACUGAAGCUAAAAUAUCAGUGUUUGAAGGACCAACUAGAAGAAAAGGAGAAACAUAUAAGCAAUGAAGAAGAGCACUUAAGGAGGAUGGAAGAGGCCAGAUUGCAGCUCAAGGAUCAACUUCUUUGUCUGGAGACUGAACAGGAAUCUAUUCUUAGUGUGAUAGGAAAGGAAAUUGAUGCAGCUUGUAAAACCUUCUCCAGGGACUCAAUGGAGAAAUUGAAAGUUUUUUCAUCUGGUCCUGAAAUACAUUAUGACCCACAUCGCUGGUUAGCAGAAAGCAAG